UCGGUUGAUGAGGAUCUGAGAACUGCACAAAUGAGAAAAAUACCUCUUCUGAUUGAUAAGGCAAGGAUAGAGAAGAACCAUGAAGUUUUAGAAAUCGGAUGCGGGUGGGGAACUUUGGCCGUAGAAGUUGUGAGAAGAACUGGAUGCAAAUACACUGGCAUUACACUAUCUAUUAAACAUCUUAAGUAUGCAGAAGAAAAAGUAAAAGAAACUGGACUUAAGAAGUUCAUAUCAAUACCUGAGGAGUGUUACAAUGAGUACAGGCGAAGUUCAGAUUUCAUAAAAGAAUACAUAUUCCCGGGCGGAUGCCUUCCUUCUUUAACCAGAGUUACUUCAGCCAUGGCAUCUUCUUCUAGGCUAUGCACUGAAAACGUUGAGAACAUUGGGAUUCAUUACUACCAAACAUUGAGAUGUUGGAGACCUUCCUGGAGAGACAGAAGUAAGUUAAAUGCUAAAUACAUUUCCUCUGUUUUACGUUUUGAUAAUCAUAUGUUUGCUCAUAUGUCCAACUACUAUCUUCGCAGACAAACAAAUGAUCUUGGAUUUGAAGAUGAAUUCAUAAGAACAUGGGAAUAUUAUUUUGACUACUGUGCAGCUGGUUUCAAGACUCUUACCCUUGGAAACUAUCAGGUAGUGUUCUCACGUCCUGGGAAUGUGGCUGCACUUGGGGAUCCAUUUCGUAGCUUCCCUUCUGCUCAAGUAUAG